AUGGGGGUCAUGGCCAUGAGCUUGCUAUGCUCACUUCUCGCCGUCCUGAUGAUCACCGUGGUGAGCGCCAGCGACGAGGCCGCACUGCUUGCUUUCAAAGCCCAGCUCAGCGAUGGAGGCUCGCUGUCCUCCUGGAACAGCAGUACCAACUUCUGCAGCUGGGAAGGCGUGACAUGCAGCAGCCGGAGGCCCGCGCGGGUGGUGGAGCUGAGCUUGAAUGGCAGCGGCCUCACAGGAGCACUCUCCCCAGCCCUUGGGAACCUCACGUUCCUGCGGAAGCUCGACCUGAGCUACAACUGGCUCCACGGGGAGAUUCCUGCGAGCCUCGGUCGCCUCCGCCGCCUGCAGAGGCUCGACUUGUACGACAACUCCUUCUCCGGCACGUUACCUGUCAACCUGAGCUCCUGCAUCAGCUUGACCAAUAUGGGAUUGCACGACAACAAGCUUGGCGGGCGCAUCCCAGCUGAGCUCGGCGAAAAGCUCAUGUCCCUGUCAACACUCUGGCUGAGUAACAAUAGCUUCACAGGGCCAAUCCCAGCAUCACUUGCUAAUCUCUCCUCUCUACGAAACCUUGCUCUCUCCACUAACCAGCUCGUGGGCUCAAUCCCGCCAGCUGAUCUUGGCAGCAUCCAGCUAUUCGAUGUCUCGAGCAACAAUCUCACCGGUACGAUUCCACCUUCUCUCUACAACUGGUCAUCCUUGGAAAUAUUUGGGGUAGCGACCAAUAUGCUGCAUGGGAGCAUUCCCAGUGAUAUCGGCCAGAAGUUCCCCAAGAUCAAAGUUCUUGGCCUUGAUGGGAAUCACCUCACGGGUACCAUCCCUUCCUCAAUAUCAAAUCUAUCUUAUCUCACAUAUCUUCAUCUCAACGGAAAUAGAUUUAGUGGAUAUGUGCCUCCCGCUUUGGGGAGGCUUGAAGCUCUCCAAACUCUGGAUUUGACUGAGAAUAAGCUCGAAGCAAAUGAUAAAAAGGGCUGGGAAUUCGUCACUUCUUUGGCUAACUGUAGCCAGCUGCAGACCUUGGCACUCGGUGGCUACUCUUUUGGGGGACAGCUACCUGCUUCCAUUACAAACCUCUCAACGACUCUCCAGAAGCUAUACAUAAUGGAGAGUAAGGUCUCUGGGGGAGUUCCUAGCGACAUAGGCAAUUUGGUUGGUCUUGACACGCUUGCUAUAGAAAAGACAUACAUAUCCGGAGUUAUUCCAGACAGCAUUGGCAAGCUAGAAAACUUGGUCGAGCUAUCCUUUGCUUACAAUAAUUUGUCAGGCCUCAUACCAUCAUCACUAGGAAAUCUUUCGCAGCUGAAUAGGCUUUAUGCAUACUAUGGAAACUUGGAGGGACCAAUUCCGGCAAGCCUGGGGGAGUUGAAAAACCUUUUUGUACUUGAUUUGUCAACAAAUUACCAACUUAAUGGUUCAAUUCCCACAGAAAUUUUCAAGUUACCUAGCCUUUCUUGGUAUUUGGACUUGUCAUACAAUUCCUUUACUGGAUCUCUUCCUAAUGAAGUUGGCAGCUUAGCAAACCUUAACCAACUGAUUCUAUCAGGAAACCAGUUGUCUGGCAAGAUACCCGACAGUAUUCAGAACUGUGUUGUGUUGGAAUGGCUUUUGUUAGACAAUAAUUCCUUUGGGGGAAGCAUACCUCGGUCACUGAAGAAUAUAAAGGGGCUCAGUAAACUAAACCUGACCAUGAAUAAGUUCUCUGGUAAUAUCCCUGAUGCCCUUGGUAGCAUUGGAAACCUGCAGGAACUGUACCUAGCACACAACGACUUGUCAGGAUUGAUCCCGGCAGUUCUACAAAAUUUGACAUCAUUGACCAAAUUGGAUGUAUCCUUCAACAAUUUGCAAGGCGAGGUGCCAGAUGGAGGUGUUUUCAGAAAUAUCAAUUCUACAGCAGUUGCUGGCAAUAUCAAUCUGUGUGGUGGUACACCUAAACUUCACUUGGCUCCAUGCUCCACAAGCUCCUUGAGCAAGAAUAAGAGAAAGAUGCCAAAGUCUCUUGUAGUUUCUCUAGCAACAACUGGAGCAAUCUUGUUGUCACUUUCAGUGAUUCUUCUUGUUUGGAUACUUCGAAAGAAGCUCAAACAAAGCAAGAAAAAAAUAAUGCAAGAUUCAAUCACUGAGCACCAUUACGAGAGAAUCCCAUAUCAUCUAUUAUUGACAGGAACUAACGGUUUUUCAGAUGAGAACUUGCUCGGGAGAGGAAGUUAUGGUGCAGUUUUCAAGUGCAUUUUGGACAACGGGGAAAGAACCUUGGCUGUCAAGGUGUUUAACCUUGGUCAAUCCAGAUAUUCCAAGAGUUUUGAGGCUGAAUGUGAGGCCAUGAGGAGGAUACGACACCGUUAUCUCAUAAAGAUAAUUACAUCUUGUUCGAGCGUCAACCACCAAGGUCAAGAGUUCAAGGCACUGGUUUUUGAGUUCAUGCCCAAUGGCAAUUUGGAUGGUUGGCUUCACCCAAAAUCUGAAGAGACAAGUACAAACAAAACACUCAGCCUUGUCCAGCGGCUUGAGAUUGCUGUCAAUAUUGUGGAUGCGCUAGAAUAUCUUCAUAACUUCUGUCAACCAUUGGUAAUCCAUUGUGAUCUUAAGCCAAGCAACAUUCUUCUUGCUGACGACAUGAGCGCCCGAGUUGGAGACUUUGGCAUAUCAAGAAUUAUUCAAGAAAAUACAAGUGAGACGAUGCGAAACUCAUAUAGCUCAACUGGAAUUAGAGGUUCCAUAGGAUAUGUUGCUCCAGAGUAUGGAGAAGGCUCUGUGGUCUCACCUCCUGGUGAUAUUUACAGUCUUGGCAUAUUGUUGCUCGAGAUUUUUACCGGAAGGAGCCCAACAGACGACACAUUCAGAGAUUCAUUAGGUCUGCACAAAUUUGCCGAGGAUGCUCUUCCAGAUAGAACCUUGGAGAUAGCUGACCCCACAAUCUGGCUGCACGAAGAACCACAUGACAAUAUUACUAGUAGUAUCCAGGAGUGCUUAGUUUCUGUCUUCAGGCUUGGAAUAUCCUGUUCAAAGAAACAGCCUCGAGACCGAACAUUGACAAGAGAUGUAGCGGCAGAGAUGCAUGCAAUCAGAGAUGCGUACAUCACAUCUUUUGGCUAG